CUACAACACGAACUCAAAUUCUAACCCUACUAUCUUAUAUUGCAAUGCUUACGAAAUUCCAUUCACUGAUCAAAAAUAUUAAGUCAUCAUACGAUUUAAGCUUUGCUGUAGACAACCUAUGAAGCAAGGUAUACAGAUUGUGAAGCAUAUGAAGACAAGCAGCACAAGUCCUAAUCCCUUGAAGACCUGGAUAAAUCAUGAAGCCAUGCCACCAAACAGGUUACACAACCAGUCUCCAAAUGGGUCGUUGACUAUCCCUAUCUUCUUGACAUGUCCCUUCAUCCAGUCCAACUUCUUGUGUAUGGACUCACUGUGGUCACUCAGAUUGAAGCAAUGCCUGCCUUCAACAUCUUGGCAACCAUGUCCAUGGGCAAGCAGGAGAGAUUCUAUAGCCACCCUAUUCUGGAGGACUGCCUGUCUGAUGUUACCCACGUCCAUCAAAAAUUCUUUAGAUACCAUCAUAGCAUUGCCAGCUUGACAAACCAACAUGCCAUGAGCUAUACUAAGCAAACACCAGCUGUGUCCAAGCGGAGUGACAUAAAGCAAGCACUGACUGUUUCCCUAAAUAACAAGGUCCUCCAAUCAGAUUUCUUGGAACGCCUUGCCAAGCACGGUCACCACAAAUUAUGAAUAUCCCUAGUAGCAAUGUUUUGGCCGUAUUGCCCACAUCAUAAACAUGGGCCUAAUUCAGAGGGCCUGGAUGUUGAAUUGGGUGCUACCAUAACCUGGGAAAGAGCAGCAACAAGACCCUCAUUAGUCACAGGAUUAGCCUUUUGUUUGUCCAAGAUAUACUUGAUUAUUUCCCCUGGGGUUGAUAUUUCCUCAGGUGCUGCUUGGAGCAGUUCUCGUAUACUUUCAUGUGAUCUUUGCUUAAAGCAGUCCACUAUGACCGGAUCAUGCACAGCUUGGGGUAGAUCAGAGCCCUCAAUUGCUUUAAUCAGUUGACCUGAGCAGAGCACCCUGUGCCACUAGUGACUCAAGGGCAUUUAGUGUCCAAGGCGAUCUCAGCCCCUUCUUCUCAAUAGCCUCUAUCAGCUGAGCAACCGCUUUCAGUUCCAAAAAGAAACACGGGAGCCAAGGGCACCGCUAACUGGGCCCACAUGUAACGAUAACAGGGAAUGCCUCCGCCCACAUUCUGAAUAGCUUCCUUUAUCUUUGACCAAUCCGUGAUUUGAUCCUCCCCAGCACACGGAAUGAAGCAACGCCCAAAUCUGUAAUAUGUCAUGGAACAGAAACAGAAUUCUACUUCUGCUCGCUCCAUCUUCCCAUCCAUCUUCUACCCCAUCUCCUCCACCAUCUCCUUAUCAGUCUCCUUCCUUUCUCACCUUUCCCCAACUCCUUCCCCCCUCCUCUACUCCAGCACAGAUGUGCUUCAUAUCGGGCUGCAACCACCCCAGUUUCUCCCAUCCCCGGAGGACCCUCCUGGCUCAUCUCAUGGCUCUGCACCUCCUCCAACUGGGAUCAGCCCAGCUCACAGUAGUGGCACCAAACCCUCAUGUCACUGCCAUUGUGGGACAGGAUGUCGUGCUGCGCUGUCAUUUGUCCCCUUGCAAGGAUGCUUGGAGUUCAGACAUCAGAUGGAUCCAACACGGAUCUGCUGAGCUCUUGCACCACUACCAAAAUGGAGAGGACCUGGAGCAGAUGGAGGAAUAUAAAGGGAGGAUAGAACUGCUCAGGGAUGGCCUGUCUGAUGGAAACCUGGAUCUGCGCAUCACUGCAGUGACCUCCGCAGAUAGUGGCACAUAUAGUUGUGUUGUGCAAGAUGGUGAUCACUUUGCAGAAGGUGUGAUGAACUUGGAGGUGUCAGAUCCCUUUUGUGAGAAUGAAGGAACCUGGCAGGUGGCUCUGGUUGUGGUCAUCACACUUCUGUUUGGGUCAGGUUUCUUCAACGUUUUUCUCUAUAGAAUGCAAGCGGCACAGAGCAGAGAGCACAGAGCAGAGAGUGAGUCCUCCCAGCCCCUUCCACCACCUUCCAAUAAUCUUUGAAUAUCUGUUACCAACUUUGUAUUAUUCCACCUUAAAAUAAGCUUUGAAUAUUUAUUACCAUCCUUGUAUUAUUCCACCUUCCAAUAAUCUAUGAGUAUUUGUUACCAUCUUUUUAUUAUUUCACCUUACAAUAAUCUUUGAAUGUUUAUUACCAUCCUUGUAUUAUUCCACCUUAAAAUAAGCUUUGAAUACUUAUUACCGUCUUUGUAUUAUUCCACCUUAAAAUAAGCUUUGAAUAUCUGUUACUAUUUUUGUAUUAUUCCACACAUCUCAAUAAAUGGCGACCAGGUACCUGAAACAACAGA